GCAGUGAAACGUAAGUGGCCCAAUGUCUAGAGGCUUAGAGCCCAAUCCAAAGUCAAACUUCCUCCAAGUCAUGUAUUUUCCAGCGGUCCCCAAAUUUGGUUCACAUGAAUCCCGGCUCGAAAUUCUGAAGCCGUUUUACUCCUCCCUCCUCACUGUCUUUCAGACUCGGGCGCUUCUCCGCAACACAAACCAUAAGCCCUUGGUUAAUGGGUUCCUUGUUUUGCAUAUGAAGAUUGAACAACUUGUUUAAUGGGUUAGUGGUUUCUUUGUUACAUGGAGAAAAAGGAGGCUACUAGCUUCAUACACUCAUCUUCAACCAUCAAUCCAAAUGCUUACCGUGAUUGAUCAGGUGCACUUUUUCUUCCUUGUUUAAAGGUUUGCAAUUUCCUUCUCUUUGUUUAUAUUAUUACAUAUAGUUUGGAUUCUGCUGCCACUGAAUGCAUAAUGGGAACUAGUAUUGCUUCUCCUGUACUGGCUGUUGGCUGUUGCUUUUCUAUUGAAAGGCUACUUCUUCUUUGCUGAAAUGCUGUUUUCAGCAGAUUGAUUGCUUCCUUACUUUUCAAAGAUUAUUGGAAUUCAUGAAGUUUCAAAAUUUAUUAGAAUUAAUAAAGUUCAACACUUACUGCACAGGUUGUGUCUCAGUUUGACAUGUGAUGUGUUUUGUAGUUUACGUUGUAAUUGCUCAACCACUUAAAAGCUUUGUCAGGCAGGGGUGCUGUGGUUGGUGAUGGUCUUGCUGGGGUACUGUCAUAGAUUGUAAUAACAUUAUUGGACAUCGUGCAAUGGUUGGUGUUAAAUGUCAAGACAUUAAAUACAAGGUGAAUUUGUAU